AUGCAGGAUGAAGAAUGGCGCUCGUCUAUUACCCUUAACAUUCUGAACACGAUGCAGAACAUUAUUGUGUGCGGUGGUUUGCUGGCCGGUUCGCUGCUCUGUGCCUAUCUGGUGGUGUACCACGAAGGGCUAACCGUCGGUGACUACGUCCUGUUUGCCAGUUACAUUAUUCAGCUGUACGUGCCCCUGAACUGGUUCGGAACUUUCUACAGAGCUAUCCAGAAGAACUUUGUGGACAUGGAGGACAUGUUCGAUUUGAUGAAGGAGGAUCAAGAGGUGAUCGAUGCCCCGGGAGCUGGAGAACUGGCAGUUAUUCGAGGGGGCGCAAUCGAUUUCUCCGAUGUUACUUUCGGGUACAAUCAAGAACGGUUUGUGUUGCGGAAUGUAAGCUUCUCGGUUCCCGCCGGUAAAACGGUUGCCUUGGUAGGUCCAUCGGGUGCCGGAAAAAGUACCAUCAUGCGAUUGCUGUUCCGCUUUUAUGACGUUGAAAGUGGAUCGAUUUCGAUCGAUGGACAAAACAUUAAAACCGUACGACAGGAUUCGCUGCGAAAAGCCAUUGAUACGCAAACCGAACGUAAAGGAUGA